AGUCUUCUAACCCAACUCACCUUGCUCAUAUUCAGCUCACAAUGUCCAAGCCAUCUGCCGGUACCUAUGUCAUCUACAAUAGAGUGCUCGACGCUUCUGGUCGCAAACUCGCCAUCACCUACAAUGGUGAGGGCAACUAUGCGACCGCGACCCCGCUGUCUAACGGGGACCUGCAAAAAUGGAUAAUCAGAGACUUCGACCCCCAGACUCAAUCCGUUACUCCAGCAACCAACAGUGGCCUGCAAGCUGGAUGGGGUAGCGAAGGUGUUGAGGUCCUUCCAGCAGGGAACUAUGUGUGGACCAUUAGGUCCAGCGACAGUGGAUAUACUAUCAAAGACGGUGGCGUGACUGUUAACUGGGGACUCGGCACCGCGGUUGAAGGCCAGAAGAUUGCUAUCGGCAGUGACACUGGCAACGAAAAACAGAGGUGGAUCCUUGAACGCGUCUAAUAUGUGAAAUCGCUGGAAAAGACGCUCGAAAUUUUGAAUACUGCUGUAAGAUGAUGUACAUGUACACACCCAAGUGAAAUGUUUUCUCGAAUGUGAAUGGUCGUAUAACU